AUGAGCCGCAAAAGACAACAAAAUCAAAACUAUAGCCCACCGAGGGAGGGCUCCAAAUCCCAAAAUGAAGGCCCGUCCAAGCAGUCGAAGCCGCAUAGCGCUCCUGUAACCCCCAAACGGCCACCGCUUUGGGGAGCUUCGUCAGCUCGAGAAGGCAAGGAGAGUCAAUCAGCACCGCUAAUGGAAGAAGCCGGAGCGACCCCCAAUGCGAAAGUUGCCAUUCCCCGUCAACCGCCGGGAAACACGCCGCGAUACAAUCGCCGGGUGCCCCGAGCCUGUGAGUCGUGUAGAACGCGCAAAACUAAAUGCAGCGGCGACACCCCGAUCUGUCGACAAUGUCGUGAAUUGCGAGUCAGUUGCCAGUAUCCGGUGGGCUGGAGGGAGAAGAUGAAAAAUCCAAAUGUACUGACAUGCCUUUCGUGGUACAAUAGUGAAAUUGAUCGACUUACUGCAGAAGUGCAGGACUAUGAAAACUUUAUCAAUGAUUUGCGGUCCUCUGCUGACAACCACACGGCCGACUGGAUCAAGGGCCUGAUUGACAAGCAUGGCUUGAAGGGGAAUCCUUCAUUUGACAAUCUUCAUUCUCAGCUAUCAACACCGCAGAAUGAGGUAGAAGAUGCGGAUGCGUCUCCACUAUCUUCCAUUGGCUCUUUGGAGGCCAUUGAUCGAGUCCAGGAAGAUUUGAAUCGAACGAAACAUACUCGAGCCACGGGGUACAUGGGGAAAAGUUCGGAGAUCUCUUGGAUGCAACGUCUUCAGAAAGAGGCCGAGCAACGCGCCCGUGGCAAUCCUGGAUCCUUGGAUCCCAACACAGACGGGGAAGAAACGCCAGAUGAUCGAUUUUCCCUUCACGCUCUGAAUUAUCAUCUUGAUGACCUCGAAAUCUCAGUCUCCGAACCGGUUCAGCUUUAUGGCAUGCCAUCGCGGCAUCUGGCGCAUCGACUUUUUGACGAUUAUUUGAAAACCGUGCAUCCAUUCUUUCCUAUCAUCAGCAAACCAUUGUUUCGCGCGCAAUUCCAAACAUUUUUUGACAGUUCUGCUCGUUACAGCGCAGCACGCCCUGGCAACAAAUGGCUUGCCAUCCUGAAUACCAUCUUUGCGAUCGCUGCCAAGCACGCUCAUCUGAUCAAUGCCCCAUGGCGUGGGGAUGAAAACGAUCAUUUGAUGUACUUGGCCCGAGCCCGGCAACUGAGCAUGAACAGCGAAGUUUUGUUCAGUCACCCCGAUCUGCAGCAGGUUCAAGUGGAAGGGUUGAUUGCGUUUUAUUUGCUAGCAUCCGAUCAGAUAAAUAGAGCAUGGAGGAUAUCGGCCCUGGCAGUACGUUCCGCCAUCACACUCGGAAUAAAUCUAAAAAUCGACACUCCAAGAACGCCAAACGUUGCAAAAGAGGCUCGAUACAGAGUCUGGUGGUGUUUGUAUAGUUUCGAGCACAUGCUGGGAAUUAUGACCGGCCGAGCUAUAUACAGUCUCGAUGGAGGCUACGCGACGCCACUGCCGCUUCCAUUCGAAGAAGAGCAGCUACAAGAGGAACCGAAAGCAGUUAAAUUGCUGAAUGAUCCUGCCGCCCGAGACGAACACAUCAGUGCCUUGAUGGCAAGCUGCGGAAUUCGACAAACCAACAGCACCAAGGACGACGUACAGAGAUCUCGCUCAAGGGAUCGGAGUUGGCUCAGAAGCAUGCCAUUGAACUCAGGACUUUGUUAUCUUUAUUACUGUGAUUUGACAGUGAUCACCCAAGAGAUUGUCAACAAGGUCUUUUCGACGAAUUCUGUGACGCUUAUGUGGUCGGAGAUUGAAGCUCGUCUUGACGAACUCAAAGCUCGAAUAGAUCUCUGGCAAUCCAGUCUUCCAAAGGCUCUCGACUUCACACAGGAAGAGGCUGACGACGAUCCUGCCCAGCUGCGGUAUAAGUUGUUUCUGGCAUUCCAUUACUAUGGCGCACGAAUUACCCUCGGCCGUCCGUGCCUCUGCCGGCGUGAUGCUCGCCAAACGAACACCCCUCAGACAUUCAGCCAUAUUAUGGCAGUAAUAACUCUGAAUUCGGCGUCAGGAAUGCUGGAUCUCAUCCCCGAUGAACCUAAUGUGCUUCAGCUUUAUAAGUUGUGUCCUUGGUGGUGUGUGUUGCGCUAUUUGAUGCAGGCGGCCACGGUCAUUCUGCUCGAAUUGUCGUUUGGCAGCGUACACAUGCCAGAGGAGGAGCAGAAGCUUGUCCGGCUAUCGAAGAAGUGCAUCCGAUGGUUCCACUCCAUGUCAGAGCGCAGUGUUGGCUCUCAUAGGGCAUGGGUUCUCUGUGAUUCCAUCUUCCGGAAGCUUGCCUGCGGCAUGAAGUACGGCACUGAUGAUAUUCCAUCUAAACCCCAAGAGCAGCAAGGAAGCACCCACGACAUUCCAACUGCGAUUCCGAACUUCUUCGGACCGGUUCGCUUGGCACCUCAGGAUUAUUUCAAUUUCCACUUGGAAGAUCUGAGUCUGUUUGGACCUCGCCCCCCGGCAGAAGAGGACAUUUGGACUAAUUAUUUCAACCUUCCAACUCCUGACCUCAUGCCACCACUUCAAGGCCAUCCCAGCAGCAUGCCUGAAGACACAUAUUUCCCCUUACGACCCGCUAGGAGACGAAUUCAUGCGAUCGCUCUUUCCUUCUUCCGAGGAAGAGAAUCGAGAGCCGAACUGAGUUAA